AUGUCUGAAGAUUACAAGCGACAAAUUGGCAAACUUGCUCUAUGCCAACUUGCCCAAGAAAUGGGAUUUUCCAGCAUAUCCAGUCAAGCCUUAGACACCCUUGAAGAAGUAACAGAGCUUUUAAUCGAAAAAAUAGGUCUUCGAGCCAAAUUAAUUGCUGAACACACAGGUCGUACAGAGUGUAAUAUUUUUGACACAUCUAGAGCAUUAGAUGUCCUUCAGACUAACAAAGAGCAGCUCCAACACUUUCUUACAAAUCAGAUAGCUGACAUUCCUUUUUGCCGUGAAAAUAUAAAAUUCCCAAUUGUCCCUCCUCUAUCAAUAUAAUUAAAAUGGCAUACUAAGUUGGCCUACCCUUUUGCUCGAAACACCAUUUAUAGCUCUGCACCUUGAUAAAGAGAGGACAGUAGACAAACAUGUAUAUGCAGCUAGCCUAAGAGCUGGAUAGAAAUGCCAGUUUAGCAAUCCAGUAGGUAUAUAGAACCCAAAAUUUGCUGAAAAAAUUGCCAUCCGAAAAAUCUUCCGAAAGUAGCCCAUGCUGAAGUUUCAAUAUGGUGACUCACUCCACUAUAAUAUAAGCUAGACGUGAGACUCAGGCAAGGAACUAAGUAUAGAAAUUGCCCGAGGAUGGCGCUAUAUUGCGCCAUCCUCGGGCAAUUGGAGACACGGCUCCACACGGGAAUUGUGUUCCACGUGUGGAGACAUUUUUCCACAUGGGAAAAUGUGGUGGAAAAAUGGCUCCACACGUGGAAUACGGUUCCCGUGUGGAGCCAAUUUUCGCUUGCCCUAGGAUGGCGCCAUAUAGCGCCAUCCUAGGGCAAAUCCUAUACGUGAGGACGAUGACAGGCGGUCCAUCGAUGCAAGAUGUGGAUAAGUACUCAUGCUGCAUCAGGCUAAUGCUAAUUCCCCUCGUCUAUCACCUCAAGAAGAAAUAGAUGUUUUCUAUAACGAUGAAAAUAUCCCUAAUUUUCUACCUCCUUUUCCACAAGACCACACUUAUUUGUUCACACCAGUCCCAGUUACCAGGAAUAUGGAUCCAAGUGAGCUGAGAAUUCUAAAAAAUAAAGAAAAAAGAGAAAUUGAGGAAAGGUUGGCAGAACUUAAAGCUAAAACUUCAGAAGAUAAAGAGGAUAAGAGAAAGGAUAACAACAGUAGCCCAUUCUUAUCUCUUGAAAGGAUAAAUGCAACUUCUCAUUUUAUAGAGGAUGAGCUUGCUUAA